AUGAAAGUAUUUUAUUCAGACGUUUGUUUAAAACAUGCACCUCAAAAUGAAAUUUUAUCAGGAAAUUUUGUAGAAUAUCUUGAAAGUCCAUCUCGGAUAACAUUAAUUAAAGAACAUUUAAGUCAAUUUCCCGAAAAAUUUGAAAUUUGUUCACAUUUGGAUUAUGGAAUUGAACCAAUUUUAUCAAUUCAUGAUAAUGAUUAUAUUGAAUAUUUAAAAACUGCUUAUAUUGAAUGGUGUAAAGCUGGAGGUGAUAAAAAAGGGGUAAUACCUGAAGCAUUUUUUCAUAAAGGAAUUUUAGAUUCUAGUAAAAUGAAUCUUAAAAAUAUUAAAUCUCCCUUUGCAAAAGCUGGAUUAUAUUGUUUUGAUUUAUCUUGUUGUAUUACUGAAGAUACUUGGGAAGCUACUUAUGAAUCAGCACAAGUUUGUAUUAAUAUUUUUUAUUCCCAAUCAAAUCCAUUAUAUGUAUCAUUUCAUGGAUCAAAUGAUUAUCCCUAUUUUACUGGGGAUGAAACGGAAAUUGGAGAUGGGGAUGGGAAAGGAUAUAAUAUUAAUAUUUCUUUAAAUCAAGAAACUGUUGAUGAAGAAUAUUUGGAAAAAUUGAAAAUUGUAAUUCGGGAUAAAAUCAUUCCUUAUAAUGCUGAUUUCUUGGUGGUUUCUUUAGGUGUUGACACCUAUAAAGAUGAUCCAAUUGGAGGAAUGCAAAUAACAACUUUAGGAUAUAAAAGGAUAGGGAAUUUAAUAAAAUCAAUUGGAUUACCUACACUUUUUAUUAUGGAAGGGGGAUAUCAUAUGGAAACUCUAAAAUUUAAUGUUUAUAAUGUAUUAUCUGGAUUUGAUGAGGAAUUAAGAUAA